AUGACUCAGUAUAACCAUUCAGCAGAGCUCUCUCUCCAGAGCUCAGCAAAUAAGUCAUUAAAUUUCACUGAAACACCACUGGCUUUGGAUGAAAGGACACUAUUAGGGCUGAAGAUUUCUCUGUCAGUCCUUCUGUCUGUUAUAACUUUGGCAACGAUCCUGGCAAACGUUUUUGUUGUUAUUACAAUUUUUCUGACUAGAAAGCUCCACACACCUGCAAAUUACCUCAUUGGCUCCUUGGCAGUGACUGAUCUUUUAGUAUCUGUCCUAGUAAUGCCCAUCAGUAUUGCUUAUACUGUCACCCACACAUGGGCCUUUGGCCAAGUGUUGUGUGAUAUCUGGUUAUCAUCAGACAUCACGUGCUGCACAGCCUCAAUCCUACACCUCUGUGUUAUUGCACUGGACAGAUACUGGGCUAUCACAGAUGCUUUGGAAUAUGCCAAACGCCGGACCGCUGGCCGAGCAGCACUCAUGAUUGCUGUGGUCUGGAUGAUAUCUAUUAGUAUUUCUGUGCCACCAUUUUUCUGGAGGCAAGUGAAAGCUCAUGAAGAAAUUGCAAAGUGUACUGUGAACACAGAUCAAAUUUCCUACACAAUUUAUUCCACUUGUGGAGCUUUCUACAUCCCGACUGUACUCCUCCUGAUAUUGUAUGGUAGAAUUUAUGUAGCGGCUCGAUCCAGGAUUCUGAAGCCACCCUCAUUAUAUGGGAAACGUUUUACUACUGCACACCUGAUUACCGGCUCUGCUGGGUCUUCCCUCUGCUCCAUUAAUGCUAGCCUUCACGAAGGGCAUUCCCAUUCAGGUGGAUCCCCAAUAUUUAUCAAUCAUGUUAAAAUAAAGCUUGCAGAUAGUGUCCUGGAAAGGAAAAGAAUUUCUGCUGCAAGAGAAAGGAAAGCCACCAAAACUUUAGGCAUUAUUCUGGGAGCUUUCAUUUUCUGCUGGCUGCCUUUUUUUGUCAUGUCCCUAGUCCUACCAAUCUGCCAAGAUGCUUGUUGGUUUCAUCCCAUCCUACUGGACUUUUUUACAUGGUUAGGUUACUUAAACUCAUUGAUCAAUCCAGUCAUUUAUACAGCUUUUAAUGAAGAAUUUAAACAGGCUUUCCAAAAACUAAUACAUUUCAAAAAGCAUUCGUCUUGA